AUGCAUGCAAAUGCUAUAAAUAAUUACCAUGGACACCUAGAAAGAUGCAUUAUUCAGCAUUAUGUAUCCCAAUGUAAGGAUGGUACGCUCCAAAGUUGGAUCCACUCAGUGACUCGUUUGGAACACACAAAAGAUCUCACACUUGUAAACUACAUCCCUGCUACAAGGCGUUGCACAAGAGCUAGUUUGCUCAGCUUGCUCCCAGAUACAUUUUCACAUCAUAGCCUCACUUCACUAUCACUUUGUGGAUACACCCUAAUAGGUCCACGUGCCUUCAGCAAUUGCAAGAAUCUUAAGACCCUCAAGCUUAUAAACGUUGUCAUCUCACAAGCUAGUGUCCUUAGUGGAGUUUUAGCAGCUUGCUCCUCCCUCGAGGUGGUUGUGUUGAAAGUCAAUUUCCUAACCCCACGUGGUGUGUUGAAGAUUGAGAACAACAACUUGAAGUUCUUGCAAUUGUCUUUCCUUUACGAGAUUGAUAGGAUGGAAGUGUAUGCAACUUGUCUAGAUGUUCUAGACAUCAGGUGUAUCAAAGUUAAGAGAGACAACUUCAUCCUCGUUGCUCCCAAUAUCCAGGUUAACACAAAUGCUUGGUUGGAUGAUCACGGCUGUAUGGAUUGUCCUCACCUCUACUAUCAUGUAUCAUCAUAUCUCGCUCAGGAGGAAAAAAACAUUUGGCAUGAGCUUUUGGUGAGUGACUUUCAUGAUAUGAGACGGUCUGGGUGUUUAUCAGUGAGUGUAGAUUUAACUGAUCCGGAAGAAGUGGAGAUACUGAAGGAAGUUUUGCUUAUGUGGACCGAUCUUUUGAUGGAGUUUGAGAUCUUGUUCAAGAACAAGAAAUCUCCUAUAGAAGAAGGUGAAUGUUCUACUAACGACAGAACACAUGCAAAACCGUUCCUUAACGGUGAUUUAUGGUUUUAUAAUGUGUGGUUGUAUAAUUUUGAUGGUUCGAAUGAUGAAGAGUUUGCGUUUGCUUCACAUUUGUUGAUGCAAGAGACAGUGAUAAUUAAGAUGAUGAUCGAGACUUCUUCGUUUCCUCCGACGAAGAAGUUGAAUGCAGAAGCAGCUGUGGCCAAGUUGAUGGAACUUCCUAAACGUUACAAACAUUUUAUUGAAUGCUUCUGA